AAAUCAGCGAUACUGAAAUUUGUUCAAAUAUGUAUUUUGUAACAUUUGUAAUACAAAUAAAAUUAUUUUUUAUAUUGAUAUUAAAGAACGUUUGCAGAAAAACUUGUUAGGAAGAAAACUUUAAUAGGCAAAGGUAAAUGUAAAGUAUAUUACAAAAAUUAAUAAAAAUUUUCCGAUUUGACCAACUUGCUAAAGGUGCAAGGAUAUUCAAAAGCAGUAAAAACUAAUAAAAAACAAUAAAACUUUCUGAUUUGAUAUGCAAAAGCCCUCCCCAAAGAACGCCCAUGUACUAUCUAUUAAUAAUGUCUCUAUUAAUAUUUGUGUAAAUGUAUUAGUUUUUUAUAUAACCAAUUUUUUGUAAUAAAUAAUAUUGAUGUAUUCUUGGCAUCUCACGUAUGCUUAUGGACGCACUGGUAUAUUUAAAAAAGAAAGUCGAUUAUUUGCAGCCCAGCAUGUCCUUUUUUUAAAUUUUAUUCAGCGUGUUUGCAAUGUUGCAUUCUUGUAUGCAUUAAAAGGAUAUAAACCAGCACAUAUCUUAAAAGUACCGCUCUUGCAAAAUUGCACAUCCGUUUCUUGUUCUUUAAAUGGGCAUAUUGGCUGCUAUUGGUUGUCGGACAACUUGUUUUGAAAACAAAAUUCAUUUUUUAAAUAGGUCAGAUCGGUUAGAUCACUUAAAAGGUAUUCUUUUCCUCAUCUUCUACCUUGUGUUAAAAAGAAACAAAGCUCCCAGUGCAGCGAAAGAACAUAAGAUGAGGUUACAGGAAAAUGACAAGUGACCAGUAAAAUAUAUGGGUGUGUUAACAUUUCCUAAUUAUUAAUUGCUUUACCAUAUUUGUGUAUUUUUCCCACGGGAAUCGGUUUCCUACUUUACUUUUCUUUUUGGUACGAGGAAUCUUUAAAAUGUCGCCGACACCUAUGCCAGGUUUGACUGCCAACAUGUCUCGUGACAAUAUGAUUUGUUCGAAGUGUGGAGAAGGAUUUGAGCCUCAGGAGAAAAUCGUCAAUUCCACUGGUCAGUUAUGGCAUCAACAAUGUUUUGUUUGCGCCCAGUGCUUCCGUCAGUUCCGUGAUGGGGUAUUCUACGAAUUUGACGGUCGUAAAUACUGCGAGCACGACUUCCAUGUGCUCUUCGCCCCUUGCUGCAACAAAUGUGGCGAGUUCAUCAUCGGACGUGUCAUCAAAGCGAUGAACGCCAGCUGGCACCCACGCUGUUUCCGAUGUGAGGAGUGCAGUGUGGAAUUGGCAGACACGGGUUUUAUUAAGAAUGGAGGGAGAGCACUUUGCCACGAGUGCAAUGCCAAGGUGAAAGCGAGAGGAUUGGGGAAAUACGUUUGUCACAAGUGCCAUGCGAUGAUCGAUGACCAGCCAUUGAAGUUCCGCGGCGAGGUGUACCACCCUUACCAUUUCAACUGCACCGCUUGCGGCGUCGAACUCGACAGCAAUGCUAGGGAGGUCAGGAACCGCUCCGGCUACGCCAAGAACGACAUGAACGAGUUGUACUGUCUGCGUUGCCACGACAAGAUGGGAAUACCCAUCUGCGGGGCUUGCCGUCGACCCAUCGAGGAGAGGGUGGUUACGGCUCUCGGUAAACACUGGCAUGUUGAGCAUUUUGCUUGUGCCAAAUGCGAGAAACCGUUCUUCGGACACCGCCAUUACGAGAAGAAAGGCUUGGCCUACUGCGAGACGCAUUACCACCAAUUGUUCGGGAAUCUUUGUUUCGUUUGCAACCAGGUCAUUUCUGGCGACGUGUUUACCGCCUUGAACAAGGCUUGGUGCGUUCAUCAUUUCGCCUGUUCGAUCUGCGACCAGAAAAUGAACCAGAAGACCAAGUUUUACGAGUGCGAUCUGAAACCGGUCUGCAAGAAGUGCUACGAGAAGUUCCCUGGCGAGUUCCGCAGACGUCUGAGGCGCCAGCACGAGGCCACACCCAAAAAGGCCGGUACACCCGUGUCUUCCUAAAUUAGUGUGGGUUUUAGGGCCGACGGAGACGCAGAUGUUCUUUAAUGAUGUCCCGACCACUUUUUUUACUUUAGAUUUUUUCCUCGUACUAUAGUUCGUUUCAGGUAACAAGAAGUAUAGAAGUUAAAAGUUUUGGUACCGCUUCGUAGCGAUAAAUUCGUCGCCAAAUUAAAUAUUAAGCGUAAUAAAAUAGUUUCUAUGUAUUUUCUUUGGUGAUUUGUAUCUUAUUUCUCUGAAACAGACUAUAUGUUUAAAAUAUCACUGCCUUUAUUGAUUCUAAAAUUAGAUGUUAGUACUUUUUAAUCGCUUGCUUUCUUAAUAUUUUAGCUUCCACUAGAUAAAUAUUUUUAUAGAUCAUUCAUGUUUAUUCGUCGUAGACUAAUUUUUUAAUUCGAUGUAAUAUCAGUGGGGCAAGAAACACAAUUUUGGAGGAAAAGGAUAGAAAAUGCCUCUAUUUAUGGUGUUAAAGUUUUCCAUUUUGCUUUAUCGGAACUUCAUUUUUGCUCCACUCGCUAGAAAGACAUUCGCUUGCUUUUUUUAUAGGGCGCAACUAAAUUACUUGGAUAAACUUUGAUGAUGGAUUCUACGUAACAAAUUAUUAUCGGAAAAAAAUCCUGCAAACUUAUCCUGAAAAUACAUUUUCAUUCAAAACAUCAAAUUUUUUUUUAACGAGGAAUAGUUAUUAAAAUAUUAGACCAAAGCUCGCAUUUCAUUUAGACGGUCUAAAAAAAUUUCAACAUUUGGUGUUCAGACCAAGCUUUUCAUAACUGCAUUAAACGUUUCCCUGACCUACUUUGUGAGGGAAGAGUAAUAAAAUAUUCUUUGCGAUUUCCCUUUUACACUAAUUAAAUGAAAAAAAUUGCUUAAAAUGUGGCAAAUAAAUAAUUAUAACGUCAUUUAAUGAAACGGUCUUGUUCAACUGGAGAUUAUGAUUGUAAAAGCCGUGGAAAAUCACAUGCACAGAAGAAAUCGACCCUUACAGCUGCCAUACUGGAUAUUUUUAUUACAUAACCUCACUUUUAGUUUCAGUGUGUGGUUUUUAGAUGUUUAACAAUCUUGAUUAUUUUUCAUAAAUACGAACCAAAGUGAGUACCACUCGAUCAAUUUCGUAUAUACGAUAUUUUUUUUUGUUCAUUAAAGUUUGACCAGGCCUUUAGUUCACCUUCUGCACAUAGAAAGAGCUAAUUAGACAAACUUUUGAAAGAUGUAUAUAAUUUUACACUUUGUACUCGCCUGUAACAUAAGCCCUAGUAAUAAUAGAAUAACUUAAUACUUUCUCCACUCCGAUCGUUUUACGAUAAAAUAUGAACCCAAGACGGCAGAAAUUCCUUUCGCGAUACCGAGAUAACCCGAACCUACGAGGUUCGGUGAGGUUUCAUAGGUCUCAACUUUAAAUUUAGCUUAUAUAUCGUACUUUACUUACCCGUAUAGUUUCCUUCUCGUUGAUUUAUCUCCUUAUGUAAACCUUACCGUCACGGCGAGGUUUAAAGAAUUGUGUGUAGUACAAUCAUUAAGUUUUAUAAGUUUUAGUUUCUUCAAGGAAACGAAGUAAUAUCUAUAUAAAAUGCUUUAGGGAGUAGUUAAGAGAGCCACGAUGAUAAUAAUCGCAGUAAAUAUUGUGGUAGAACAGUGCCUUAAUUCUAUUUUAGUGUAUUUAUAAUUCAGUGUUUUUUAAUUGUAUCGUAAGCAGCAGAAUUGACGAUUGUCGUAGUUUAAAAUAGAAAUGUGAACUCAAAAUUUGUAUGCAAGUCCUCGUUAUUUAUUUUAAAAUAACUAAUUUUUUUCCUUUUUAUUUUUUGCGUGAAUUUGUAAUGAACAUCGUUAUAUCUUGUGAGUUUGUUCGAUCAAUUGUAUUCCUCAUUCUGAUGUUUAUGUGAAUUUUAAUUUUUUUUUAUAUAACUACAACAAAUAAUUAGCAAAAAUAUUCUAAUCAUUAUGUGAUUUAAUAAAUAUUAAUGUAUAUUAAUAAAU